AUGCUCAAAGUAUUGGUUCUUGCAUUCUUUUUCACCGUCGCUGCAUCAUUAACAGAUGGAGAUAUGGAACUUAUGCUUGUCCAGGCGGUGUGGCGACAUGGAGAUCGUUCACCAACAAAAACGUACCCAACUGAUCCAUUUCAAGAUGGCAACUGGACAUUUGGUGGUGGAGGAUUCGGUCAGCUAUCACCGAUUGGAAUGAGGCAACACCUGAUCCUUGGAAAACUUUUGCGAAAAACCUAUGUUGACAGUGGAUUCCUCUCCAAGAGAUAUUCAUCGAAAGAGGUGAGAUCUUAUUGCACUUAA